AUGUGCUGGGACUUUCUGCUCCUUUUUGCUGGAAGGGAUCAGAUGGGUCUAUGGUGUGUUUCCUUCUGCCUAGUCAUACUGCUCUUGGUUUCUGCAGAAGAACGUAAUAUCACAAUUAGGCACUCAGAUAGACGAGGUAAGGCAUUGAAAAUAUCUAAAAAGCCUUGCACAGAUCCUAGCGGAAGGAAAGGCGUCUGCACUUUCAAAUGGGACUGUAUUAAUCAUAAUGGAACCCUUAUGGGUACUUGCGUCGACGGCUUCAUAUUUGGCACAUGUUGCCAGUAUGAUUAUGACCCAUCACUUCAUAUUGACGAACCUUACGACCAAGGUUUCUACGGUGAUACAAACAAAAUCAUCGAUAGGCAGGACCCAACAACACAAACUCCAACAACAACUAAAAGAACUACAGCUUUUACAACAGCAGCAACAACGCGCGUGACGACAACUACGACUACAAGACGACCUACAGCAACUACAACAAGAAGGCCGUCGAUUGCCACAAACAGUCCACCAAUGCAAUUGGUUACAUGGACAUCUAUUGGUCCUACAAGACGUCCAGUGCCGCCCCAACGACCCAUCAUUUUAUCUCCUUUUCCAUUUCGUCCUGGUAUAAACUUACCAGCAUCUAACGGAGGAUGGCCAGUUGGAGUUGCAAUACCUGUUAGUCCGCUUCAGGUGAAUAGGCCUCUACAAGUGUUUAGACCCCAAAUAUUUUUGCAAAAUCCAGGAAGGAGUACUCCUUCACCUUCUUCCAGCUCAACAUCAUUUUCAAUACUAAACGGUCCAGAUGCGAGUACUCAGAAGUCAUCAACAUCAAAAGACCAAAUGGAUAUGACUACUAUAUCAGUACCCAUACCACAAUGGUCAACAUCUUCACCGCCUGUUGAUUCUUCGUCAAAUUUGGCGUCUGUGCUUCCAUCGAUAGAUAGGAAUACCUCUGGACCUUUUCUAUUCCUGUUAAACAAUGCAAGUGUUGGGGAAAUUUCCUCCACAACAAAAGCACCAAAUAGGAAGCCAAAUUUGGAUUACCGAAAAGAUUGUGGAGUUCGAUCUCUCGGUCCCAAAGCACGAAUUGUUGGCGGCCAGAGCGCGUUCUUUGGAAGAUGGCCAUGGCAGGUUUUAGUUAAGGAAGCAGCCUGGCUCGGUUUGUACCAGAAAAAUAAAUGUGGAGGAGUGCUGAUUUCUUCAAAGUAUGCUAUCACUGCAGGCCAUUGUCAACCUGGGCGUUUUCUUUCAUCUCUGGUGGUGAUACUUGGAGAGCAUGAUUUGCUCUCGGACGGAGAGCGCCUUCGACCAGAAAUGAGGCGAGUGAAAAGGAUGAUCGUCCACCGUCAUUACAAUCCUCAAAAUUUCGACAAUGACAUCGCAUUACUUGAAUUAGAGCCACCUGUUGUCUUUCGACCUCAUAUCUCACCGAUUUGUUUACCGGAAUCCGAUGAAGACUUCACAGGAAGGAACGCAUUUGUGACUGGCUGGGGAAAGACUUCGCAUGGCGGAGCCAUUCCAAAUCUUUUACAAGAAGUUCAAGUGCCCAUCAUGACAAAUGCAAAGUGCGUGGAGAUGUUUAAAGAAGCUGGUCAUUCAAAACUAAUCAAAGAUUCCUUUGUUUGUGCUGGCUACCAAACUGGCGGGAAAGAUUCUUGUGAGGGGGAUUCUGGAGGACCGUUGAUGGUUGAAAGAGAAAGUGGUCAGUGGGUCUUGGUUGGAACAGUCUCUCAUGGAAUUCGCUGUGCUGAUCCUAAUUUGCCAGGUGUCUACAUGAAAAUAUCUGCUUUUAGAAAUUGGAUCGAUAAAAUAAUUAAGUAAUUUACA